UUGCCGACGUAAUUUCCGUUGCGCGAAGCUGAAAAUUUGGCGCCUCAGCCUGAAAGCAGCCGCAGGAGCGUCCAGCAGGGAGGUGAUUCCAGAAAUAAUGUGUCGGUACUGAUGUGCAGUGACGGAAUGUUCAUUAGUGAGAGUUUUGUGUGUCGUUGAUCCGCUGCAGAUGCGGUUCUGUGUGUUUGUUUGUGUGUUUGUGUCGUCGUCAGCUGAGGAAACUAUUCGCCCAACAACCCGAUCAGGUUCAGCUCAUUGAGCCGCACCCUGAUCGAUCAGAGGCUAUCGUUCAUCCUCAGUCACGAUGAGCAGGAACAGGAUGAAGAAAACCAGGGUGGCUGCUGGGUUUGGAGGAGGGCAGCAGAACAUCUCUUCAUUCUUCUGCUCCAAAGACCAAAACGUUUUUUCAUCAACCAGCAGAGCUGAGCCUCAGAUUAAAGAAAUCAAAUUAAGACUAGGCUCUCCUCCUCCGAGGCGGAGCGUCUUCGGUGACCUUGAAAACGUCCUUGCUUCGUCCCCAGACCGCCUCCUCCUGUCUGUCCCAGAGACACCCAGCAGUCAGAUCAGACCUUCCUGCUCUUCUCCCUCCAGACGGGCUGGUCAGCCACACUCCGACCCAAAUCUAUGCCAGCGGUCGCUCAUCUGUCGCAGCCCCAGCACUAGAAGUAUCAGAGUGGGGAAAAUAAUGAAUGAGGAGGAAGAAGUAAAUAAGAGUGUGAAUAGGUCAUCUGGCCAGUUGAAGCGACUCUUCAGCCCCAAUGAAGAGUCGCACAACGCAAAGAAAGCAAGAACUUCACCACAGAAAGCUUUGAUUGGCUCCACAGAGACGCCUCUUCUCACUGCCGGCCAAACAGACUUCUCUCUGGGAGGAGACGGGAAACGCCAGCAGCAGCAACGAGAAAAGACGGAUUCCUGUUUUACUGUGAUUACAGAAGUGCAAGGUUCCCUGGAGAAGGACACCUGCGCUGCUGCUGCUGCAGCUGCUGCUUUACCUCAACAAAGUGCUCAAGAGUUAGAGGUGGUCCCAAAAGAGAGGACGGCUACACGUGAAACACAUGAAGCAGCUGAAGCUGGGCAAGCGUCUACUGGUCCCAGUGAGGACGGCUUUGAGGAGAGCUGGUUUACUGACCAAAUGGAUGAUGAUGAAGCCGCAGAGGAAAAGUCCAAAAAGCAUCUUAAGGUACCGGAUCAUGUGAUCCUUUCUGAGGGACCAAAUAACCGAUAUCUGGUUUUGGACGUUGAGGAGAAACCGGGACACAAAUCACUGAGCAUCUCAUGCUGCAGGUCUCUGCUUCCAACCGAGACCUGCCUGCUCAAAGACGGAUGGGAGUUGACCCCCGUCUGCCGCGGCGAUGUGGUUCAUCUGGAGGGCCGCUCUGAAGGCGGCACCUGGUUGGUCGACAGGGAGCAGGGUUUCCUGGUCCUGCAGCCCGACAGCCUCAUCUCAGGGACCAGCAUCUCCAACUCCAUCCGCUGCAUGAGGCGAGCAGUGCUGGGAGAAAUGUUCAAGAGUUUCGAUGGUGGCUCUAAGCAGAUGCUUAAUGGCACCAUGGUGCAUGAAGUCUUCCAGAGAGCAGCUUCAGCCAAAGAUUUCUCUCUGCAGAAACUUUCCCAGCUGGCCGACGAAACGCUGCGAAAUCACCGUUACCUUGGAGACAUGUACGCUUUAGGAGUGAGUCAGGAGGAGAUGCAGCAGGAGCUCCAUGAUUACCUCCCAUCACUGGAGCAUUGGGCAAAUGAAUACCUCUGUUCUUCUACACCAAAACCAAUCAGCUCUAAAAUGUGCCAGGCCCCGCCUGCUGUUUUCACACUAACAGAGCUGGCGGACAUCGAGGAGAACGUCUGGUCCCCCAGAUUCGGCCUCAAGGGGAAAAUGGACGUGACGGCGAAGGUCCGAAUCCAAAGGUCGCGAAACGGCAGCAGCAGAGUCAGUGAGGAAACCACCGUCCCGCUGGAGCUGAAGACUGGCAGGGAGUCGAACUCCAUCGAGCAUCGCAGUCAGGUGAUGUUAUAUACCCUGAUGAGCAUGGAGAGAUACAGCCCCGAAAUCGGACUUCUGCUUUACCUGAAGACGGGGAACAUGCACCCAGUGGCAGCCGGCCACAUGGACCACCGAGAGCUGCUGAAGCUGAGGAACUCACUGGUCCAUCACAUUAAACACUUUGUAGAGAAAGGAGCCGAUCGGAGUCGCCUGUCCAGACUUCCUGACAUCCUGACCAGCAGGCAGACCUGCCAGUACUGCCCUCAGAAACUAAACUGUGCUUUAUAUGAGCGGGUGGUGGACUCCACCCCUGCGGAUUUGGAAGAGGACACCGUGCAAGCCUUUCUGCAGCAGGAGACGAGCCACCUGACCCGUCCACAUCUGGACUACUUCGCUCACUGGCUGCUGCUCUGCAGCUUGGAGGCGUCCACCAUGGAGGCCAAGAGCGUCCGAAAGCGUGUCUGGCUGCAGUCGGUCCAGGAGAGUGAGAAGAGCGGCAGCUGUGUGGGGAACCUGCGGCUCAGCGAGUCGGUGACCGCUCAGUCUGAAGGCGUCUUCCUCCACCGUUUCCUGCGCAGCGCGGCUGACUCGCAGCAGGCCGCCAACCACUGCGGCCUGAGCAGCGGAGAUCGCGUUGUUGUCAGCGACCAAGAGGGUCGUCUCGUCGGCGUGGCGACAGGAUACCUGAAAGGAGUCAACGCGACGUCGGUCAGCUGCACUCUGGACAGGGACCUGUCAAAGUUGAGCGGCGUCUUGUUUCGCCUGGACAGCGAUGAAGGAGUGGUGGGCCUCAGCACUCACCUCACCAAUCUGUCCAGGCUCAUGGAAAACUCUGGCGACAGCGAGCGUCUCAGGGAGCUGGUUGUUGACCUUCGACCUCCAGAGUUUAUCACCAACCUCACCUCUGUUCUGCCCAGAGAGGCCAAGGACACAGUGGCCAACAUCCUCAAAGGUCUAAACAAACCCCAGAAACAGGCCAUGAAGAAGGUUUUGCUGUCCAAAGACUUCACCCUCAUCGUCGGGAUGCCUGGAACCGGCAAGACGACGACCAUCUGCACACUGGUGCGUAUCCUGCACGCCUGUGGGUUCAGUGUGUUGCUGACCAGCUACACCCACUCUGCUGUGGACAACAUCCUGCUGAAGCUCAAGCGCUUCCGGGUCGGCUUCCUGCGUCUGGGUCAGGGGCAGAAGGUCCAUCCGGGGAUCCUGCCGUACACAGAGGAGAGCGUGAGGAGGAAGGACGUUCACACGCUCACAGAGCUGCAGCAGCUUUACAGCAAAGAACUGGUUGUAGCCACCACAUGCAUGGGCAUCAAGCAUCCGAUCUUCACACGCCGGCGGUUCGACUUCUGCAUCGUAGACGAGGCGUCGCAGAUCAGCCAGCCCGUCUGUCUGGGUCCGCUUUUCUACGCCAAGCGGUUUGUCCUGGUUGGAGAUCAUCAGCAGCUGCCGCCGAUUGUUCAGAACCAGGAAGCAAGGUCUCUUGGGAUGGAUGAAAGUCUGUUUAAGCGACUUGAGCUCCACAGUGAAGCAGUGGUGCAGCUGAACCUGCAGUACCGGAUGAACAGUCAGAUCAUGUCUCUGAGUAACUCUCUGAUGUACAACGGCCGGCUGGAGUGUGGAUCUGAACGGACGGCCUCGGCUCUGCUCACGCUGCCCUCGCUGCCGUCCGUCCAAUCGGAGCUCGCGUCCUGCGCCGAGACUCGUCCCCAGCCGGACCCGUCCUGGCUGCAGGCGGCGCUGCUGCCCUCCAACCCCGUCUGCUUCCUCGACUGCUCAGCGGUUCCUGCUUUGGAGUCGGUGGAACAGGGAGGAGUGAGCAAUCGCACCGAAGCUGCUCUCAUACACAUGAUGCUUUCUCUCCUCAUAAAGGCUGGGUGUAAACCUGGUGAUAUUGGAGUUAUCGCCCCCUACAGGCAGCAGCUGAAGUGCAUCUCUGCUCUGCUGCAGUCCCCUGUUUUCUCCGGGGUGGAGGUCAACACGGUGGACCGGUACCAGGGACGGGACAAGAGUCUGAUUGUUCUGUCGUUUGUCAGAAGCUCCGCAGAGGAAGGAAACCUAGGGGAGCUGCUGAAGGACUGGAGGCGUCUGAACGUGGCUGUAACCAGAGCGAAACACAAGCUGCUGAUGGUGGGCUCUGCGGCGACGCUGCGGCGCUACCCACCCGUGGAGAAGCUGCUCCAACAUUUACUGCAGCACAACAUGAUCAUCCAGCUCCCUUCAGCUGCUCACAUGGCAUUACCCAGCAUGCACCUGUGAACCAGCGCACUCUCAGGGAAGCAGCUGACGAAAAGACUUACCUGGAUGUUCAUCAGGAGACAUGGGGAAAAAAAUCACUCCUCCCACCACUCAAGUUAAAAUAUAAAACCUCAGUUGUGUUGCAAAAAAAACAGUUGUGCAGUAAUCUUUCUUUUUACUUUCUCUUUCCAUAAAUAUAUUUUUGCUUUUAAUGUGGAACAUAUACUAGAAGAACUGACAGUUUUACUGCUUCUACUGGAAAUUACUGUGAAUAAUUACACUGUGAUACUUGAUUUUUAAGCUAUUAGUUUUAUUAAAUACCUCUGAUUAAUGUCAUUAAUAGGUGUAACUAUCGGUAUCUCAUUCACAAGCUCGCUAUUUAAAGGUGUCGUUUCAUUUUUCCAAGUCCUGGUGAAUAAUUUCUAGUUUCUGACAAAACAUCGUGCAGCUCAGACCUGUGAUAGUAAAAUAUGUUUUUAUUUGUUGUAACAGAAAACUUGGAGACUUUUCCAUCAACGUGGCUUCAUGCAGUUCAACCAAACUGGUCCACUUUAAUGAAUGCUGAUAACAUGUAGUCACUGAUUUUAUUUUAGAGUAGUAACAGCUGAAUAUUGCUUUGGUGUACUUUAUCUGCAGACCAAUCCUCUAGAGUCUAUACCGUAUUUUUAAUGUCAAAUUAAAGCAGUGAUGUUUUCCACCUUCUGUUCAUCAGAUUCAUGAAUCUGGAGAAAUGAGACCAAACUGAACUCAGAUAUUCUUGGUUUUUGUGAUUUACUUUUUUUUUUUAAUUUUGUCUUGGAACGUGAAUAAAUAAUUAUUUU